CGUACUCGGCGCCAUGCUCGGCGCAGCAGAACAGCGGCUGUUCUAGAAUAGGAUUGCAGUGGCGUCAGCGCCGAAAUAUUGCUUCGGUAGACGGCCAGAUCAACUGUUACGCGAUUGUAAUUUUAAACCGCAUCGGCCUGGCCAUACAAAGUUGGAAAUGGACGACCUUCCAACAGAUCAUGAUGUAAUCGUCGUUGGAACAGGUAUGCCAGAAUCCAUUGUAGCCGCCGCAGUAUCGAGAAUUGGACAGAGGGUUCUACAUUUGGAUAAAGAAGCUCAUUAUGGCAGCCUUUGGGCUAGCUACAACUUGAGCAGCUUGCGGGAAUGGAUGUUCGCACAGAAUGAAUCACUGUCACCAGAGUCGCUGGCCCAGACUCCACUGGGGCCUGGUGAAAGAUUAAUGUUGACUGCUCAGAACCACCCUUCAGUUUUCAAUGCAAAAGAGAUUGUGAAUGUGCCUGAAAAGCUUGCGGACUGCCCUCCACCUGGACCAGCGUUGGUGCAGUUGCAGACCAGCUCUGGAGAAAACUCUGCUGAAGAACCAGUGCACUCAGCAUCGGCUGAGAGCGCCACAGAUGAUCUGGCUGCCAGCUGUCCAUGCCCUUACUCUGCAGAUAGCACAGAGCAUUCCAGUGUAGCUGCUGAUGUAGUGAAUUCACAUGGUAGUGACGAGCCUGUGGAGAGUGAGGAUGUCAGUGCUGCCUACCACAGUGCAGGAAGCUCUGUUGAUGCUACUUAUGGCAGUGUGACACAGCACACGGAAAGCAUAUUGGAUGGCCUGAAUGAAGAUGCUGGAGCAAGUGGAAACAUCUCUGGGAGUGUGAGGGAGCCCGACAAGGUCAAGGAGUUAUGGUCCAUGGAGAAGCUGCUGAACGUCUCACGGAAAUUUAACCUAGACCUGGCUCCCAAGCUUCUGUUCAGCCGUGGCCCACUUGUGGAGCUGCUCAUCUCGUCAAACAUCGCCCGCUAUGCUGAGUUCAAGGCACUGACACGCAUUCUGACCAUGCACAAUGGAAACCUGCAGCAGGUACCCUGCUCACGUGCUGACGUGUUCAGCUGCAAAAAUGUGACGGUGGUGGAGAAGCGCAUGCUUAUGAAGUUUCUCACCUUCUGCAAGGAAUUUGAGCAGCAUCCCGACGAGUACAGAGGUUUUGAAGGUAGGCCCUUCCUGGAGUUUCUCGAGUCAAGGCAGCUGAGCAAGAAUGUUGAGCACUAUGUGCUGCAUGCCAUUGCCAUGGUGGAUGGAACAACACCAACACUGCAGGCAUUAAAAUCUGUUCAGAAGUUUCUUGAUUCACUGGGAAGAUAUGGCAACAGCCCAUUCCUGGCUUCACUGUACGGAAGUGGAGAACUGCCCCAAUGUUUCUGCAGGCUGUGUGCGGUCUAUGGAGGCAUCUAUCACCUGCAGAGGGGGCCCAGUGCUCUCCUGGUCAGUGAAAACGGUACUUGCAUAGGAAUUGUGUCCAAUGGCAGGCGGUUCAAUUGCAGAUGGGUUGUCAUGGGAGCAAGCUAUGCCCCACCUGAAAUUUCAUCGAGGGAUACACGAAGAGUUUCGCGAGCCAUCGUUAUCUCUGAUGAGUCACUGCUCCCAGCAGAAAGAGAGCAGAUCACACUACUCAGACUUCAACGAAGUGACCAGCUACCACAUUCAGUUAUGGUACAAGAGCAGGGGCCUGGCAUGAUGGUCUGUCCACCUGGACUUUAUAUCGUUCACUUGACCUGCCCCAGUGUUCAGCAAACUGCCGAACAAGACUUGGAGCCCGCUGUGAAAAUGCUUUUUGACACCACACAGUCACCUGAAGGUGAGGACAAGUCUAAGCCAAAGGCAUUGUACAUACUGUACUUCAAUGUUGAAGACACAACGCAAGCACCCCUGAAUGAAAACUGUCCACCUGGGCUGAUACUUGUCUCAUCUCCAGGCCCUCACUUGGACUAUGAGCACCCAGUCAAUGAGGCCAGGGAAGUCUUUCACUGUAUGUAUCCGAAUGAGGAGUUCCUUCCACGGGCACCCGAUCCGGAGGAGAUCCUCCUUGAGCAUGAAAAUAAUCCCGGAGACCAUGGGCCACCUACUGAGGAAAGGGAUGGUGAACCGACUGCAACCAAGACUGAACUGGGCAAAGAGCAAAUGGAGAAGAAGGGAGACGAGCCAGAAAGUGGUAAAGGCGAUGACGUCAAUGCCUCCAAACGUGUUCUGGCCACAUCCAAUCCUGGUGGCGCCACUUCAUCUGGGGAUUCAUGAAGUUUGACAUACUUCAUCUGUGCUUACAGAGUUCCUCCUGUACAUGUAAAUGUGUUCUUUGAAUUAAAAUGGUGCUUAGUCUUUCUAAGCUGUUGGC